UAAAAUAAUAUGUCAUAAUUUAUCAAAUAAAAAUGUCAUAUUGCCGCCCACAAACCUAUCAAAGUCGCAUAGCAGCAUGCAUUCGGGGCCAAUGACAGUCCGUUAGUAUGUCUCUAGAAAUGGAUCUUAAAAUAGUCACUCCAAUGGUCACAUGUACAGCAGCCUAUCAACAUGAGAAUAGAAACAAGACUGUGGCUUCCCAUGACCCAUGUGUGGGUAACCUAUUGACCUAAUAGUUUGGCUCACGUACUCAGUUAGAUUUUUGUGGGUAAUAGACCAACCACUGCAUCAUGCACAUAUCUUAACUUGACUUACUGCGCACACACACAUAGGAGUAAGAGUGUGGGAGAUCUAAUGGCAAAAUAUAUGGAGUAAAAUGUGUGAUGUAGAUGCUGAAUGUUCGUGCUGAUUGGUCCGGCUGGAAUUCCAUUGAAGCCAUUUCCCACAGUUUACAGCGGGCUGGACGUUCGUAAUGAACGCACAGGAAGUGGAGGUUUAUUGGGAACGAAGAAGUAGACCCAAAGGGAUACGGCAUCUGCGCUCUUUACUUGAAUUUGGAAGCUGCGGGCAGAUUUUAAUCACAAAUUGUUAUACAAACUUGGAACGGGGAACUGUGAAGGAAUUUACAAUUAAUGGAUUGUUUGGAAAGGGGAGGAUGUUAUGGAAAGUGCGAUUUUUCCAUGACUCUGUGUAAAGUAUUAAUAAACCAAAUAUAGAAAUGUAUUUUCCAAUUUCAGCUGUUGGAUUUGACUGAAUUAAUUAAGCAAGAAACAAAAGAAAACAAAACAAUUGAUUUCGAAUGCUUUUCAAACAAGAAUGGAGAGGUAAAAUUGUUGGAUAUUUCAUUUAUAGUGAAUGAGUGGAAAGGAACAAUUAGAAUUCUUCAGUGGUCUGCAUUAUCUCAAAGACAAGCGAGAACAUAACAAGGGAUUGUGAAAGAUGGUGACUUGUCAGUGCGUAGAGCACACUUCAUCAUUCACAGCUGGAUGUUUGGAUAGCAGGAUGAGUUGAACUUGGUGUAUUCACGUGUUAAAAGUGCGCUGCGUCUCUUAAAAAGUAUGAAUCAAAGAAGAGCUGUUUUAGAGGACAAAAAUAAAACAAAGUAUCACACGAUUGAAAGGAGGAAUAAAAGUAAAGACAAUUUACUGAUGAAUGAAGACUUUGGCGAGGAUUUAUACAGCAGCUAUGGACACUACCAUAGUGAGAACCUGGCACGACAGAUGCUACCCAAGAGCAGAAGACAGGGUGUGCGAGGAGCAGCCUACAUGUUCAAUGCCCACCCCAACAGCCUAACACCUUUAGAGGAACGCUUUCUUGAUGCUGCCGAGUAUGGAAACAUACCUGUCGUUCGUCGAAUGCUUGAGGACCUUCCUGAGUUGGAUGUUAACUGUGUGGACUAUAUGGGCCAGAAUGCAUUGCAGUUGGCAGUGGCUAAUGAACACUUGGAAGUCACAGAACUUUUGUUAAAUAAAGACAAUCUAUCACGAAUCGGGGACGCACUUUUGUUGGCCAUCAACAAAGGUUACACCAGGAUCGUGGAGGCCAUUUUGAGCCACAAAGCUUUCGCAGACUCCAAGAGACUUACAGCAAGCCCCAGUCAGGCGCCUAUGCACGAUGACUUCUUUGCCUAUGACGAAGAUGGUACACGCUUUUCUCAUGACAUCACCCCAAUCAUUCUAGCAUCCCACUGUCACGAGUACGAGAUAGUGCACAUACUCUUAAGGAAGGGUGCUUGCAUUGAGCAACCGCAUGACUACUUUUGUACAUGUGACACAUGCAAUUACCAUCAAAAGUAUGAUUCUUUUAGCCACUCCCGCUCACGUAUAAAUGCCUAUAGGGGAUUGGCCAGUCCGGCUUACCUCUCACUGUCCAAUGAGGAUCCUGUGAUGGCCGCCCUGGAGCUCAGCAAUGAGCUUGCCUCUUUGGCCAAUAUUGAAAAAGAAUUUAAGAAUGAAUAUAGAAAGCUUUCAAUUCAAUGCAAAGACUUCGUUGUGGGACUUCUAGACCUGUGCCGGAGCACAGAAGAAGUGGAAGCCAUUUUAAAUGGUGAAGAGGAUGAGACCAUAGAUGUGCCUGGACGGCCAAGUUUUAUACGCUUAAAACUUGCAAUAAAGUAUGAACUGAAAAAGUUUGUGGCUCAUCCUAACUGUCAACAACAGCUCUUAUCGAUAUGGUAUGAAAAUCUGCCAGGACUCAGACAACAGAGCACAGCCAUAAAACUCCUGGUGGUUUUAGGUGUUGCUAUGGGACUUCCUUUUUUGGCUAUGGUGUAUUGGGUGGCGCCAUGCAGCAAGAUGGGAAAGAUUGUGCGUGGCCCUUUCCUUAAGUUUGUAGCCCAUGCAGCCUCCUUCACCAUUUUCCUUUGCCUUUUGGUCAUGAACGCUGCAGACCGCUUUGGUGGGACAAGGCUGCUUCCAAAUAUGACCAUUCACGACUAUCCGACACAGCUGUUUCGUAUGAAAACAACUCCCUUUACGUGGAUGGAAAUGCUCAUCAUUUCUUGGGUCAUAGGGAUGAUUUGGGCAGAGUGCAAGGAGAUCUGGUCACAAGGUCCAAGGGAAUAUCUGCUCGAGCCUUGGAAUUUUCUAGACUUUGGAAUGUUGGCCAUUUUUGUAGCAUCCUUCAUCUCAAGGAUAAUGGCUUUCUGGCAUGCAUGUAGGGCACAGCACUAUGUUGAUGAGCACUAUACAGAUUUAAGAAAUGUAACUUUGCCUGCUGAGGUGGGAUACUUCCAGUUAGCUCGGAUUGACUGGCUGCCCUCUGAUCCACAGUUAGUUUCAGAGGGCCUGUAUGCCAUCGCAGUGGUUCUGAGCUUUUCUCGAAUUGCAUACAUACUGCCAGCUAAUGAAAGCUUUGGACCUCUGCAGAUAUCUUUGGGCCGAACUGUGAAGGACAUCUUUAAAUUCAUGGUUAUCUUCAUCCUAGUCUUUUUGGCCUUCAUGAUUGGAAUGUUCAACCUCUACUCGUAUUACUUGGGUGCUAAACAGAAUGAUGCUUUCACAACUAUAGAAGAAAGCUUCAAAACAUUGUUUUGGGCAAUAUUUGGCCUUUCUGAGGUCAGAUCUGUAGUCGUGAACAAUGGACAUAAGUUCAUUGAGAACAUUGGCUAUGUUCUCUACGGAGUAUACAAUGUAACAGUGGUCAUCGUCCUACUCAACAUGCUCAUUGCCAUGAUCAACAGUUCAUUUCAGGAAAUUGAGGACGAUGCAGACGUAGAGUGGAAGUUUGCCCGUGCCAAGCUCUGGUUCACUUAUUUCGAGGAGGGAAGGACUCUCCCUGUGCCAUUUAACUUAAUGCCAAGUCCCAAAUCUGUCCUGGGUUUGGUGAGGGGGGCCAAGGGGCUUCUCCGUGAGCUCCUCGACAGACAAAAAGCCAUUAUGAAGGGGUCUGAGCUUAGUGAGUUGGGACAGAACAAAGCCAGGAAGGAUAACACUCCUCUUCGCUCCAGUCGAUAUCAGAAAAUUAUGAAGCGUCUGGUUAAGCGAUACAUCAUCAAAGCUCAGAAUGACAAGGAGUACGAUGAAGUCAAUGAAGGUGAACUAAAGGAGAUUAAGCAGGACAUUUCAAGCCUCCGGUAUGAGCUGCUGGAGGAAAAGUCCCAUAAUCUGGAGGAGCUGGCUGAACUAGUGAGGAAACUUGAACAAACUCUGUCUCAGAAUCCUUUAAUACUGAAGUCUCAUUAAGAAAGUGAGAUGAUCUAUUAAAUCAACUGUUUAUCAAGCAAGACAAUUUGCACAAGGACUUCAGUUCCAAAUGCUUUUUUGGCUUUUGCCUGGGAUAGCAGAAAUAAAUAAGAUGACUGUGAAGAAGUGAUACUGUUUUUCUUUUGUUGAUACAUUUAAUGUAAUAUAAGAUUAUUGUAUGAUACAUAACAUUAAUUUUACUUACCAACUUUGAAAACUGUUAAUGAUUUUCAGUUAGUAGUUGUACUUAUUUUAAAAGCACACACCAAAAAUUCCUCUUAGUAACUUGCUGGCAAAUUCUUGAGGAAUCAAAAAUGAUAAAAAUACAUGACAAAAAACAACACAAUUGCUAUUCCAGUAUUAGUAUACAAGCAUGGGAUUAUGUAAGCAAAAGUUUCUUUAACUAAUACAUUGUAAAUAUAACUUGAGUAAACACUGGUCUGUUUGGCAUCUCAGUCAUUAUGUAUUAAAUGUUUAUUGUUACACCCACUACUUAAAAUUCUGUUUUAUAUAAUGCUCUCAUAGCAUUGGGACUGUGUGUAUGGAGUGUGCGAACCGACCCAAACUCUAUGUCUCCUUUAUUUUUUCCCUUUAACUCCCUAAUUUGUACUAUUUUAAUUUUAGUGUUUGUGUAAAUAAAGAAAUAUGAUGUGCACCCACA